UCGACUCAGCUUCCAAUUCCAUAAAUAAGAUUGAUCAUAUGGCGCUGUUGUCAUUCAAAUCAUAUGUCACCCAAAAAAAUGAUCCGUAUGGAGCUUUAGCCUCAUGGAACUCCUCUUCUCAUUUCUGUAACUGGGGUGGAGUAACAUGUGGGAAACGACAUAGAAGAGUGACUGUGAUACAUCUAGAUUCGGAAGAACUAAAUGGCUCAUUGUCUCCAUACCUAGGAAACCUGAGCUUCCUUCGAGUGUUAUCGCUUAAGAACAACAGCUUUCAUGGAAGCAUCCCUCAUCAGCUUGGUGAUCUUUCGAGACUACAAAUGCUUUACUUGAAUAGAAACAAAUUAAAUGGAGUCAUCCCUACUAACUUUUCUGGUUGUUAUAACCUUAGAGUUCUUCAUCUUGCUAACAAUCAUCUAGUUGGAAGCAUACCUUUCGAGAUAAGUAUCCUCUCCAAACUUUCCUUUCUUGCAUUUGACAACAAUAACUUAAUCGGGGGAUUCCCUCCUUUCUUGGGGAAUGUGACAUCAAUGGAAUUAUUAUCUGUUGUUGGAAAUCAAUUAGGUGGGAUUAUUCCAGACACCUUAGGUCGCUUGAAAAGCUUGACGAGGUUUUAUGCCGGUGGAUGUAACUUAUAUGGAACCAUCCCCAACUCCAUCUAUAACCUCUCGCUCCUAACUAGAUUGUCUUUGUCUGAGAAUCAGCUUACGGGUAGUCUCCCUCCAACAAUUGGGUCAUUGCUCCCAAAUCUUGAAGCUUUUCAACUACGGAAUAACCAACUAUCUGGUCUUGUUCCCUCAUCAAUAUCUAAUUGUUCAAAAUUACAAAAUCUUGAAAUAGCUUCAAACUACUUUAGUGGGAAGUUGACGAUUGAAUUUUCAUACAUGAAAGACAUUGCUGAAAUAUAUUUGAACAAUAACAAUUUCAAUGGAGGUGGAGAACCAAAUGACAUGAAUUUUAUUGAUUCUUUGGGAAAGUGCAGCAAAUUAAUGAUACUGAGUAUUAGUAAUUGCAACUUCCAAGGAGUGGUCCCAACAUCAAUAGGUAAUCUUUCUCAUCAACUCCAAUUUCUAGACUUAGGAGAAAAUCAAUUAUAUGGUAGUCUCCCCUCAAGUAUAGGUAAUCUAGUUGGGGUGACCCAUUUAGGUUUAGUAGAAAACCAAUUCACGGGGAAAAUCCCAUCUACCAUUGGAAUUCUUCAAAAGUUACAAAGAGUUAAUCUAAAUAAAAAUCAAUUUUCAGGGCCAAUUCCAGAUACGAUAGGGAACUUAACAAAUUUGAAUGUGAUUAGUUUAACUUUCAACAGAUUGGAAGGGGAUAUCCCACCAAGUAUGGGGAAUUGUUUUCAACUCCAGGCGUUGGACCUUUCGAAUAAUAAACUAAGUGGCGAAAUACCUAAACAACUUUUUCAACUUUCUUCUCUAUUCAUCUUAUCUCUUUCAAAUAAUAGCCUAUCUGGUUCAAUUCCAACUGAGAUUGAAGAUCUCAAAUCUUUGAAUAUACUGGAUUUGUCUUAUAACCAUCUACCAGGUUACAUUCCGAGUAACCUUGGUGGUUGUACUAGCCUAAUCCACUUAUACAUCAACAACAACUUAUAUGAAGGCAUUGUACCACAAUCACUAAGUUCCAUUAGAGGACUGGAAGAACUUGAUCUUUCUCACAACAACUUAUCGGGGCAAAUUCCUAAGUUCUUAGAACGUUUCUCCUUUAAAUAUUUGAACCUAUCUUUUAACGACUUUCAGGGUCAAGUACCAAUGAAAGGAGUGUUUGCUAACACAAGUGCAUUCUCUAUUGUGGGAAAUGAUAGGCUUUGUGGUGGCUUAGUUGAACUUAGGUUGCACAACUGCAAAGCGGUAAAGAAACAUAAGAAAAGGUUCACAUUGAUCAUUAUCGUCAUUUCAGUUGCCUGUACGAUACUUUUUGCUUUAUCUUUUGUCAGCGCUUGGUGUAAAAGGAAAAAGAAUGGCCAACCCUCUCAAUCAUCCAUGAAUGAGAGAUUCCUAAAGGUUUCGUACAGUCAACUCCUCAAAGCUACUGAUGGCUUCUCUGAGGCGAAUUUGAUUGGACAAGGUGGCUCAAGCUCCGUUUAUAAAGGAACCCUAGAUCAUGACGACAAUAUUGUUGCAGUGAAAGUUCUCCAUCUUCAAAUUCAAGGGGCUCACAGAAGUUUUAUGGCUGAGUGUGAAGCAUGGCGAAGUAUUCGACACAGGAAUCUUCUGAAGAUAAUAACUUCAUGUUCAAGCGUCGACUUUCAAGGCAACGAUUUCAAAGCUUUGGUUUAUGAGUUCAUGUCCAACGGGAGUUUACAUGAUUGGUUGUAUUCAAAUGCAAAUACAUCUAGACUAAACCUUAUUCAAAGGAUUAAUAUUCUCAUCGAGGUUGCAUCUGCAGUUGAUUAUCUUCAUAACCAAUGUAUAACUACCGUUGUUCAUGGAGAUUUGAAACCUAGCAAUAUUCUAUUGGAUAAUGAUCUCGUGGCCCAUCUUGGAGAUUUUGGUUUGGCUAAAUUCCUCGGAACAAAUUCAGACCAUACUAACACAAUCGGGGUUAAAGGAACGAUUGGAUACACACCUCCUGAGUAUGGUUUGGGGAGUCAAAUGACAAGUAGUGGAGAUGUCUACAGCUUUGGAAUAUUAUUACUGGAGGUUAUGACUAGGAAGAUGCCAACAAAUGACAUAUUUAAAGAUGACCUUAAUCUUCAUAAGUUUGCAUCUGUGGCCUUGCAGAACCAAGUAAUCGAUGUUAUUGAUGAUGAUCUUCUUGUCAUGCAAAGAACCAGAGCAAAUGCACAAAAAGUAGAACAAUGUUUGGCUUCAAUAAUAAGGAUUGGAGUAUCAUGCUCGAUAGAUUCCCCAUCACAAAGGAUGAAUAUCAACACUGUUGUCCAUGAGUUGUUGCAUGUUCGGGAUUCCCUUAAAAACCUUGAGGUAUAACACCAACGCUAAAUGGUAGGGAUGAAAGUAGCUGCAAGAAGGAUUGGCAUAUGUUAUGGAUAAAUACUCGUUACGUUGUAAUUUGUGCUAACAAGUAUGGUUUACUACCUGGUGACGUUAGUUUGUGUGUUUUUUGCUAUGAUAUACUAAAUAAAUAUAUGUGUUGUGUUGCA